ACUCCUCUACACGCGUCACCUACUUGUACCCAUCAAACCUAAGCAUCCAACUGCAUCGUGCCUAUUGUAAUCGUCAGAGUGCUCGUGCUGCACUCCAUCUUCCCAACCACUCAUGUAACCAUCGACAGGACGUUGUUCAUGUUUGCAGCUUUGCACAGCACGGGCACCAAUGUUGCCGCGCUUGGACCAUGACGGCACAUCGUCAUCAAUUAAUUCAUCAGACAUGGCAAAUGGAGCACAUGCCACAAACACUUUCACAUCGACAAUGUAAACAUGUCUCUCGUUGUCUUUGAUGCUUCCUCAACCCCUUGCCUGCCGCACAGCUUCAACGUCUCAUCCGUCCGCAAUUGGUUUGAAUGCCUUGGCGAUAGCUCCCAUCUCGAAUCCCCAGCCACCCGCUUCGAAGACCAAAUCUGCUCACAACGCGCAACCCAUACCUUGUGGUGUUCGCUAUUGAAAGAUUGCAGACAUGGAUGCGAGUUCGACCGGUGAUUACAUAAGUUCCCAUGCAAAUGUGCAUCUGCUAGUACAUUGUACAUAGAUAUCAUGCAUUUGAACAGUGCAGUCGAUUAAUCUGGGACCAGCCUUCUCUAUAUCAAAGCCGACGCGCUCAACAAUCGCAUUGUUUGCACCACAACCACUGCUCGACGCGACCUUUUCCACGUGCAGCGAUGCCUGCCCGCUCCGGUACGUCGGGAAGCUCAAUGAAUACCUCUACAUCCUUCAGCUCCAGCUGGGGCUCCUCGUCCCGGCAAUCGCCAAAACGAAAUAGCCUCUACUCGCCCCGAGGCAGUCUCAUCCGAGACCCCAAAAACAGCCCGUCGCGCAAAGCCCAGGCUGAACUCCAUUCCAUGCUCGCUCGCAAUGAUCGAGAUUUCCACGACCGCCUCGAUAAAGCUGCGGCCGAGCGCGCCAGGGUUCACGACGAGCAACUUGCAAAAGCUGCACAAGAACAUCUGAGGAUACAAGAAGGCGCGAAGCUCGAGAUAGAUCGUCUCGUGCUGGUGGAGGAGCAGGAAAAGCUGAGGAGAGCCGACGCUCAACGCAAAGAGCUCGAGCGAUUGCGACAAGAGAAAGCACAGCAAGAAGCAGAGGUCCAGCGCCAGAGACUGGAAGCGAAAAAGAAGGAGGAAGAACUUGCUAGACAGGUUGCUGAACGCCAGAGGCAGAUUCAAGAAGCAGAUGCCCGAGUCCAAGCCCAACGGGAUCAAGAGGCAGCCGCCCAACGACAAAGGGAGGCGGCCGAUCAAAAGGCGAAAGAGGCGGAGGCAGCGGCAGCGGCAGCUGCUCUAGCCACCACACAAGCAAAUGCGAAUGCUUCAAAUCAGCCUCCAACGCAGUCUACGCUAGCAUCCGUAUCGACUGCGCCCAAAUCUGGACCAUCGACCGUAUCCUCGCAGCCUUCCACCUCCACAUCUUCAACCUCAUCUGCCGAUCUCGAAGAGAUACACAACAAGUACAUCGAGUUGCAUGCCCAGAUGAAGAAAUUUCGCAAAGAGUUUGCCGAAGCAGCUAAACAACAGAAUCACCCAUUGAAAGGACACGUCGGGAAUGCGCGUCGAGACAUGCGGAAGCGACUAGGCCAGAUUGGCGUUGACCGACGGAGUAGUCAGGAUGCGAUCGGUCAUAUUCGAAAGGAGUGUUUCGACGUAGCUUUGAGUACACCUGGUCCUACCAUUGAUAUUCGACCGUAUCUGAUCACUCAAUGGCCGGAAAUCCAAAACGAAGCGGAUGCACAAUAUCCCGCUUUCCUUCUAUACGUGUGGAUACUCUUCCAGAAAAUGGUGAUUCAGUCGUGGACCUUGGAAGCAGACACCAAAGGCGGUGUCACCCUCCAAGAAGUUGGUCUUAUAACAGCCAGCUUGUUUGCCGAUCCAAAGUACAAGGUCAAAGGAACCGUACCUUUGACGGGAAUCAUGCUCGCCAAAUUGCAUCGACGUUGUCCAAUGCUCUUUGGGAUUCGCGGCAACACAACGACACAGGGAGGCGUUGUUAAUCUUGGUCUGGACCGAUACCGAGGCGACGAGAACGCAUAUGCAAGGAGCAUUACCGGCGUCAGCGCGGGCUAUGCUUCCCUUUGCCUCAGACAUUUCCAGGCAAGAGAGCCCGCUUUUCCCAUGUUCAACUACUGGAGAGCUGUCGUACUGGUGCUCAAUACUAAGCCAGAGGAUAUAUACUCUGGUCAUUACUAUGCUAUCAAAGGCCUUUUGCACAAUUUUGUUUCGAGGUUCCUUCUCUAUUACGGGGUGGCAGCUAAAGCGGUGCUUCGACGAGCCACAAAAGAAUUCCCAAAUCGGGCCCGGGCGGACAGGCCAGGCGUCUCGAUUGCAGCAGAUCUUGUUAGAGUGUUGGCUGAUAGUUGGAAGGAGGAGCAUAGGCUUGAGCUUGGUGGAUAG